AUGGAUAAGCUCAUCAACGCCGCUAAGGACUAUCUUGACGACGACAAGGACAAGCGUCAGGAACACCAGCAGCAAGGACCCGGACAGCAGCAGGGUUACGGAGGCCAAGGCUAUGGCCAGCAGCAAGGUUACGGACAACAAGAGGGCCAGUAUGGCCAACAACAGCAGUACCCUCCUGCUGGUGGCAUCCAGUCUCAGGGUGGCGGUGGCUUUUCCAGCUUCCUUGGUGGAAACGUCGACUUUGACAACGCCAAGGAGGAAGCCCAUCAGAAGGCAGGAUCUUCUGGUGACAAGGAUCUGUUUGGAAGCAUUCUAGGAUCUCUCGGACAGAAGCAGAACAAGCUUGCUGAUGAGGACCUUGAUGAGGAAGAUGCCAUCAAGCAGCACAAGAACACCUACAACGACGACAACUCCCAGCAAGACAGCAAGAGUCUGGGUACCGCUGCUGCUAUGCAAGCUCUUAAGAUGUUCACCCAGGGCCAGGGCCAAAGCAGCACUGGUGCCAACAGCCAGACAGCGUUCUUGGGACUUGCCUUGGCCGAAGCUAGCAAGCUCUUUGACAACAAGGCCGCAUCAGGCAAGGUAUCCGAGGGCACGAGCAAGGAGAGCGUCAUCCAGCAGGCUGGUGAAGUCGCUUUCAAGAUGUACCUCAAGAACCAGGCCGGUGCUGGUGGACAGCAGGGUGGCGCUUCCGGUCUUAUGAGUCUUGCUUCUAAGUUCCUGUCUAAAUAA